AUGCUGCUGAUCCUGCUCUCAGUGGCCCUGCUGGCCCUGAACUCUGUUCAGAGCACAAAUCAAGGUAAGAAAACAUUUGCAGGAAGUGGGAGCUAUGAUGCUCCUCUGGGCUUUGGUGAACAUUGCCGAUUGGAGGAGGAGGAAGGGGUGAUGGAAAGAAAGAUGGGGCUCCACAAUUCUCACGAUGUGAUAAGAACUGCUGUGUACCACAAAAAGGAGGACCACAAGGAGCACCCCAGCAAGGAGGACCCCAGCAGGGAGGCCAACAAGGAGCACCCCAACAAGGUGGACCUCAACGAGGAGGCCCACAAGGAGCACCCCAACAAGGAGGACCCCAGCAGGGAGGCCAACAAGGAGCACCCCAACAAGGAGGACCCCAGCAGGGAGGCCAACAAGGAGCACCCCAACAAGGAGGACCCCAGCAGGGAGGCCCACAAGGAGCACCCCAACAAGGUGGACCCCAGCAGAGAGGCCCACAAGGAGCACCCCAACAAGGUGGACCCCAGCAGGGAGGCCCACAAGGAGCACCCCAACAAGGAGGACCCCAGCAGGGAGGCCCACAAGGAGCACCCCAACAAGGAGGACCUCAACGAGGAGGCCAACAAGGAGCACCCCAACAAGGAGGACCCCAGCAGGGAGGCCAACAAGGAGCACCCCAACAAGGUGGACCCCAGCAGGGAGGCCCACAAGGAGCACCCCAACAAGGAGGACCCCAGCAGGGAGGCCCACAAGGAGCACCCCAACAAGGAGGACCCCAGCAGGGAGGCCCACAAGGAGCACCCCAACAAGGAGGACCUCAACGAGGAGGCCCACAAGGAGCUCCCCAACAAGGUGGACCUCAACGAGGAGGCCCACAAGGAGCACCCCAACAAGGAGGACCCCAGCAGGGAGGCCAACAAGGAGCACCCCAACAAGGAGGACCCCAGCAGGGAGGCCCACAAGGAGCACCCCAACAAAGUGGACCCCAGCAGAGAGGCCAACAAGGAGCACCCCAGCAAGGAGGACCCCAGCAGGGAGGCCCACAAGGAGCACCCCAACAAGGUGGAGCUCAACGAGGAGGCCCACAAGGAGCACCCCAACAAGGUGGACCUCAACGAGGAGGCCCACAAGGAGCACCCCAACAAGGAGGACCCCAGCAGGGAGGCCAACAAGGAGCACCCCAACAAGGAGGACCCCAGCAGGGAGGCCAACAAGGAGCACCCCAACAAGGAGGACCCCAGCAGGGAGGCCAACAAGGAGCACCCCAACAAGGAGGACCCCAGCAGGGAGGCCCACAAGGAGCACCCCAACAAGGUGGACCCCAGCAGGGAGGCCCACAGGGAUCUUCCCAAGGUCCAUCAUCCCAGUAAAUUAGCAGUCAAUAACAGAAAGUGAAUAAGAUAAGAAGACUUCCCCCCCCUCAGAACACAAGAACAAUGUGGUCAUAACUCUGUCUUCCAAGUAACAAUAAAAUAAUCAGCAUGCAAUUAUGGUUUUCUCUGUCUCUGUUUUUGAGUGUUUUUAAACCUGGAGUUUGAAAGCCAUGAACACAACAUGUGUGAAUCUCACUGAUUGUUCAGCAUCUUUGCCACACAAGGCACUUCUAGCUGAAAGAGUUCCUUUAUGUCCAGCUUUAUUGAAACCUACAACACAAACGUAAUUUUAAAACUGAUUGAUUGAUCGAUUUAAUUUUGGUAUACACACACACACACAUACGUAUCAAAGGAGUCUUCCUAUCUUCUGGUUCAUUCCCCCAAUGCCACAUGACCGGGAAGAGGAAGCUCUACACAGGGGCUCUGAAGAAGCAGAUCUAGUUCAUGAGAUACAGGGGCUCAAACAAUGAAGACAUUUCUGUGUCUCUGACAAUAUACAUUAUCAGAAAGCUGGAAAAGGAAGUGGAGAUGAGAUUCAAACCCGAACACUCCCAUAUGGGACAUACCAGAUAGUGCUUUAACUACUAGAGCAAGCAAAUUCCCUAAGAACAGUAAUUGUU